AAGUCCACCAAAAAAAGGCCAAUUAUGUAAUUUUCCCCACAUACCCAGGCUAUUCCUUCCAAGAAAAGCAGCAUAGCAGGCUUAAUAGCUCUCUGCUUCUGCUUCUGCUUCUGCUCAUCCUCCCAGCUCACAUCCUCUCCUUCUUCACCUCUGCUAUUACAGCCUCACAAAAAUUAAACUAAUUUUAGCUUUCUUCUUUUAGUUAUGGGAGGAAAUGGAAAGCACAGAUGGAAAAUUUUAUUUUACCAUCGUUCGAGUUCAUCAUCUCCGAAGCAUCCCAAGACCCAACCUCCACUGGAAUUCCUCUGCCCAAUUUCUGGCUCUUUGAUGUUCGAUCCCGUUGUAGUCACCUCGGGUCAAUCAUUCGAACGAACCUCCAUCCAAGUCUGCCGCGACCUCCGCUUCACCCCUACUCUUCCAGACGGCUCAACCCCCGACUUCUCCACCAUCAUCCCUAACCUCGCCAUAAAAACUACCAUACUCACAUGGUGUCGCGACCACCAAACUCAAGACCCUACCCCGCCCGAUUACACCUCCGUCGAGAAAAUCGUCCGCUCCAAGGUUCAACAGCAGAGUCCAUCCAGACUUUCUUCCGCCCCCGAUAUUCGGGUCUCGGAACGUGAACUUUUGAAAGCAGUCGCUGAAAACCCGCCUGUUUUAUUCUCCCACGCGGCCACCGAAUUAGGUCCACGUGUCAACAACUUAUUCUGCUCCACCUCGUCCUCGUCCUCUUCCGAUGAAUCUGUUAUCGUAACAGCCAGUAGUCCCCACACGCCGUUGCCACUAGCCACCCGCCCCGCGUGUUUCUCAAAUUCCGGUUCUUCAUAUUCUUCUAUUGAAAUCACCGAAUCUGAAACCCUAAUCCCUAAUUCCCAAUCUUCUUCUUCGCGGGAAGAACAAGAGCUUUUUUUAAAGCUUAAAAGUUCUGAUAUUUCCGAGCAAGAAUCAGGUUUGAUUUCGUUAAGGAGAAUCACGAGGACUAAAGAAGAGGCUAGGGUUUCUCUUUGUUCUCCUCGGCUACUCUCAACUCUCCGAUGUUUGAUCAUUUCCAGAUACAGCGUUGUUCAAACCAACGCCAUUGCUUCGCUCGUUAAUCUUUCCUUGGAAAAAUCGAACAAGGUUAUGAUCGUACGGUCAGGAUUUGUUCCUCUUUUGAUCGAUGCUUUGAAGGCGGGAUCCAGUGAGGCGCAGGAGCAUGCUGCUGGUGCGCUUUUCAGUUUAGCUUUAGAAGAUGAAAGUAAGAUGGCGAUUGGGGUUUUGGGCGCGUUGCAACCGUUGCUUCACGCGCUGAGAUCGGACUCCGAGCGUACUCAGCACGAUUCGGCACUCGCUCUUUACCAUCUUUCUUUGAUUCAGUCAAAUCGAGUUAAAUUAGUGAAGCUCGGCGCUGUUUCGACUCUGUUACUGAUGGUGAAAUCAGGGGAUUUGGCGAGUCGGGUGUUACUUAUACUGUGUAAUUUAGCUGCGUGCACGGAGGGGAAGUCAGCGAUGCUGGACGCCAAUGCGGUAGCGAUAUUGGUGGGAAUGUUGAGGGAAAGAGAGUUGGUAUCCGAGGCUACUCGGGAGAACUGCGUUGCCGCGUUGUUUGCGCUGAGUCAUGGUAGCAUGAGGUUCAAGGGACUGGCAAAAGAAGCGAGAGCCGUGGAGGUUUUAAGGGAAGUGGAAGAGCGAGGGAGCGAAAGGGCCAAAGAGAAAGCGAAAAGAAUUUUGCAGAUGAUGAGAGGAAGAGAGGAGGAAGAUGAGGAGAUUGAUUGGGAAGUAGCUUUGGAGUCAGGUGGACUCAGUCGGACUCGGCACCGAGUUGGUAGAGAUGUUUUUGGUGCGAAUUCAACUAUGUUUUAGUAGUUUUUGACUUCUUGUGGCUUUUGUAAAUGUAAUUUUUUCUGACAUUUACUUUUACUUUAGUGAGAAAAGGUUUUUCUCUUCUUUUUUUUUUUUUUUUUGAUAAGGUGAGAAAAGGGUUCUUAUCGAUGAUUUGGGAUGUGAAUGUGUACAGAUAAAAUUUCUGGUGGGGUUUUAGGUUUUUAGAUUAUAUUGGAUUUUUGUAUUUAAAGGAAAAUGUUUAUGAAAUAUGUCAGUGAAAAUCCUUUUGCUGUAAAGAAAAAUCAAUUUUAUGUGGUG